AAAAUCCACUAUGAACAUAUUUUAUCGAUCAAACAUUUUUCGCAUCCACACAAUUUCCUUAUGUUAAUCAGUUGAAGGCAAGUAUAUAGGUUUUUGCACGCGAAGGGCAAAAUCAUCUAGUUUCGAUUUUCAUCACAAUCGAAUUUGGGUUAGUCAAUUUGGCAGCGAUACAACACACAGUCACACAGUUCCACCGUCGCACAAUUGCUUAUAAGCUCGCGCAACCUUUUUUUUUGCGGAAAUCGCUUUGAAAAUGACUGAAUCAAGACAUAAUUCGUUGGUGCGACUAUUGCCCACGUAUCGAUUAGAACCGAAGAAUCCAUUUCAUACCGAGAAAUGUGAGAGUAUUUUGAAAACGGUACUUGAAUCUGCCUUCGAUGAAUUUGAAUACACGGCCGAAGCCGCUGAAGCAAUGGUGCAAAAAUUGAGCCAAACCAUCUUGGCACAAGUACGAAAGCUCAACUUUGACAGGUACAAAUUGAUUUGCAUCGUUUCCAUCGUACAAAAUUCAAUGCAAGGUCUGUGUGAGUCAUAUCGAUGUUUAUGGGACAAAAAACUUGAUAAAAUUGCCGCUCACGUUUACGAAACACCAAAUCUACUUGCAAUCGCAACGGUUUAUGGUCUUUAUUUUGAUUGAAUUUUUCAUAAUUAUGCCGUUGUUCAUGUUAAUUGUUAAGCAGAAAAAAAUAUUCCCCUUCGUUCGCUGUUGUUGUUGUUGUUUUUGUUGUUAUAGUUGGAGGCGAACUGUUUUCGAUACAGUAUGCAAAUUAUGUCUAUUUUUUUGGAAAGUAUUUUGAUUAUAUAACAAG